GUUGAAACUAUUGGUGACGGAUAUUUGUGCGUUUCCGGUUUACCGAUUCGUAACGGUAAUCAGCAUGCUCAUGAUAUUGCGGAAAUGUCAUUUGAUUUUCUAGAAAGCAUAAAAGUGUUUCGUGUUCCACACUUGCCUGACGAACGAAUGCAGAUACGAAUUGGAUUCCAUACUGGACCUUGCGUUGCCGGUGUUGUGGGUAUUGCAAUGCCACGAUAUUGCUUGUUUGGUGAUUCCGUAAAUACUGCAUCCCGUAUGGAAAGCAGUGGAAAACGUAAUUGUUAA